AUGGACCGCGACUCGACAGUGCUGCUGAGGACAGUGGCGGCGGCAUUCGGAGGCGAGAACCGGACAGGGGGCGGCGGGGGGUGGCCGUGUGGCAUGCAGGUGUUCUCACGACGUCAGCGCACCCUCUGCCACAAGCGCCCUGCCUUGGCCGCCGUGCUGGAGGGUACCGUCCACCUCGCCACCACCCACUGCCAGCGUGUCUUCCGCUUCAGCCCCUGGAACUGCCUACUGCCCAAACAGAUCGUCCACACCAAUACAGUGUACCGAGAGACGGCUUUCCUACACGCACUGCUAGUAGCUUGCCUGGCAGAUAGGAUAGCGGACGCGUGCAACUCGGGCAAACUGAAGCAUUGCCGCUGCAUCCCGGCUGCAAGGCGACUGCAGCAGGACAAUGAGCACAAUGGCAACUACGUAUUCCACAGAGGCGCCAGAGUGCCAUGCUCGGCCUACAGCACACGAUUUGUGCGCAGGUUUCUGCACAUCCAUCAGUCUGCUAGUAAUCAAAUUACUAGGAUUCACAGAGACAAUGCUCUUAUCGGAUUAAAGGAAUAUUUGAGGAAUCUACAAAGGUUCUGCUUCAAUAAAAUGGAUGACUGCUUUACACAGGAAUCCAGGGAUUGCAACAAACGGGUUUGCUGGUUGAGACCAGGGAAGUUCACUGAUGUAGUCGAAAAAUUGAAAGAGCACUAUCACAGAGCACACCAGAAGUCAAUAAACAAUGAUCUCAUGAGACAUCAGCAGGAAGAGGAUGGACUAGAGUACUUGAGCAAUAUGCAAUUCAUCCAAGACUCGGAGGACUACUGCGAUGAAACACAUGGACUUAUUUGCGAGAAUGACGAUAGCUGUAUGCGAUCCUGUUGUGGCAGGGGAUACCGAUUGCACACCAUACAAAAAAUGCAUCCUUGUCGAUGUCAAUGGGAUAAAAAGUCGGAAAAUUAUAACUUAGUCUGCAGAAGCUGUGUAUCUGAAAUACCGGUUUACAAAUGCAAUUGAUAGAGACGCCUUUAAGAAAGAAAAUUUGUAAAUGUUAAAUUAUCCAAAUCGAAAUGAAAUUUGCUGAAUGGUCAGAUUUGGAUUAUUGUGAGAAAUUAUCAUAUGAAAAUCAAGAAGAUUUAUAAGGCAAGUGGUGAAAUUGUGAAUAAAAUUUUUGUGGAGAUGCUAUUAUUUUAGUGUUUCAAAAAUAACUUCACAUGAAUUGACAUGGAUCUAUCUUCAUUUAUAAGAUACAGAGCUAAACUGAAAAUAUUCCAUUGUCUUUCCUGAAUCGGCAGUCUUAGAGCCGGUUUCCGAGCUCGGGAUUUAGCUAAGUUCUAGACUUUAAACAGCUGGAGUCAGAAAAUUGGCUUUCCGAAAUGGGGCGUAGUCGUAGUCCACGUUUAAAUUAAAUUUCAAAAAACUAGAAAAUUGAACACAAGAUAAAAUAAAGAGAAAAUGAUGAAAAGGUUAAGCUAUUUUGAAUUAUUUAGGGAUGUUUCAUUUCGUCAAGGGAAAAGUUUCCAAUUAUAGAAAUGAGAAAAUAAAGAUUAUCAUAAAAACUACGACUAUGUCCCGUUUCGGAAUGCCAAUUUUCUGACUCCAGCUGUUUAAAGUCUAGAACUUAGCUAAAUCCCGAGCUCGGAAACCAGCCCUAACAUCCCAAACUAGCUGGAUCAUUGCGGCUGUAACUUGUAACUUAUUGGCGGCCUGAAAAAAUUUAUAUGAGCUUCGAAAUGUGAAGUAUUUUUGGAAUACUUUGUAACAUGAACUAGAAUUAUUAAUCCUAUAAUUUUUAUAUGUACGUCUACCUGUACGGAUAUUUAUGGAUAAAUCCUCAUGGUUCUAAAAAUCUUUCAGGAUUCAUGAACUAAAAUAAUGAGUAUUACAAUUAUAAAACAGAGGUAAGAAAUUAGAAAUCAAUAAUAGUUUAUUAUUGGAAAGAGUCAUUAAGACAAGGUUUAUCUCGAGUGAAUAUUGUUACUGUAGAUGAAAUAUUUCUAAUAAUUUUAUAUACUCUACAUAGAUUUUACUUAUUAUUAUUUAAGAUCAUUACAGGCCCCUGUUUCAUAAAAACUUAGAAGUCCUGUAAUACAGGAACAGCUGAUUUUAUCGGCUAUAUUGAGCAUGUAAUAUUGGAAUGGUGAUUCUCCUGUAUUACAGGACUUGUAACUUUUAUGAAACAGGCCCCAGGUCUUUAAGCUCAACAUUGAAUUUCCACUAUAAGGUCACCUUCUUUGUGCAAUAUGAUUGUAAUAAGUGUUAACAGUUGAUUAUCUUAUGUAAAUAAUUAAUAAUUAUA